AUGAGGAAACUGGUUGAAGAGCAACUGAAACCGUAUGUCGAGGGAUUGAAACAAUCCCAGGCAAUUACCAAAAAGCUCGAGGAAGGGUACACUCCUAAAGACAUCACUGGAGUCUAUAAUGGUGGCUCUUACCUCGCCACCAACAAUGACAGCGGUUCACUCUUGACCGUGAAACUGGGCGGAGAUGUCCCAUUGAUUGCGAAACCAGGGGCAAUGGUAGCUAUGGAUCCCAGUAUGAACUUGAGAGGCCAGCUCUCCUUUUCAUGGAUGAAGCUUCUCACGAGAAGCGGAUUCGGCAAAUCAAAGAUCACUGGAAACGGAGAAGUGAUGCUUGCACCAUCCUCCCUUGGUAGUAUUGGAGUUAUUCGCGUUAAUACUGUCGAGCCCAAUCCUGUGAAAGGUCGUGAUCCACCUUUUACAAGCGAAUGGAAGGUUGGAAGAGACGCUUUCCUAGCUGCGACACACGCAGUCGAUAGUGACUACCAAACGCAAAAUCUUCUUCAAGCUGUGUUCUCUGGUGAAGGUUUCUUCGUUUAUACCUUCCGUGGUUGGGGACCCCUCUUUGUACAGGGUCUCGGGGGAGUCAUUGAGAAAGAAAUCGCGGAUGGCGAAACAUUUACAAUCGACAAUGGUUACCUGGUAGCCUGGAAUUGCCAGUACAAGAUCGAGCGUGUAGCUUCCGGGGGUAUUAUUUCCGGGAUUAGUUCUCGUGAGGGCCUUGCUUGCAGGUUCAUGGGACCAGGCACGGUUUUCUACCAGACUCGCAAGAUCCAGGACGUUGCGGCCCACUUGAAGAAGGCCAAUCGCUGA